UCUCUGGAAAAAUCCAUGGAAACGGCGUAGUACGCUUGGAGCGACGAUGGUGUAAAACGGAAGCAGAUCCUGAAAAGUCACUCCGGCACCAUUAAAUGAGUGACAUUACAGUGAAUGCAGUAUUUUUACACGGACAGAUAGUUCGCUAUAUAUUUUCUUCCAUUCUUGCUAAAGUCAAGAUCAACGAUCAUGAGCCGCACCCCUGAUGCCAGGGCUAGAGACAGUCAGACGAGGCAGAUUCAGGACAACAUCACCAACGUGGAAAAGCACUUCGGAGAGCUGUGCCAACUGUUCGCUGCCUAUGUGCGCAAAACUGCGCGACUGAGGGACAAAGCCGAUCUGUUGGUCAGAGAGGUUAGCCUCUAUGCAGAUACAGAAACGCCACAUUUGAAGAAUGGCUUGAAACACUUCGCUGACCAACUUGCCAAAAUUCAGGAUUAUCGCCAAGCAGAGGUUGAAAGGCUAGAGGCCAAAGUCAUCGAGCCUUUGAAGAGCUAUGGAACUGUUGUAAAAUUGAAAAGAGAGGACCUCAAAGCCACACAGGCCGCGAGGACCCGAGAGGCCAAACAGAUGCAGCAGCUGGAGAGGAUGAGGCAGAGGAACCCCUCAGACCGCCAGAUCAUUUCUCAGGCCGAAAGUGAACUCCAGAGGGCAACGAUGGACGCCACACGCACCACCCGGCAGCUGGAGGAGACGAUCGACGAAUUCGAAAAGCAGAAAAUUCGGGACAUUAAGAAGAUCUUUGGCGAAUUUGUGACUGUUGAGAUGACAUUCCACGCGAAGGCUUUGGAGGUUUACACCAAUGCAUACCAGCAAAUCCAGAACGUGGAUGAGGAGAAGGACUUGGAGGUGUUCAGGAGCUGGCUGCAUCCGCCUGACUACCAGUCUCGCUUAGAAAUAGUUCGCGCUAAUUCCAAAACGUCACUCAAUCGGACUGGUUCAACCCUGAGUAAGUCAGGGACCUUGCAGCAACAAAGGACCCCAAGCAGGCCAAGAAAAAGAGAAGACGACGAGGCUGAAGAUGACGACGAAGAGGAUGACGAUGAUGACGACCUUGAAGAUGUUACAGACGAAGACGAUUAGCAAACAUGCAGCCAUGACUGCAUAUUGUAACCGUAAAUGUAUU